UCACAGUCGUACGGUAGCUCGCACAAUCCCGAUCCCGUGCGCUGCUUUCAAACGAUUGAACCGCUUUCUUCUCAAGCUCGUUUGUCCGUACCGGUACGAUACUCACAAAAUCAAAUCAUAUCCACAAAAACAAACCACGAAGACAACAAUGAACAUGAACAACUUUCUUUCGGAAAAUAUUUAUUGUGAGUUCGAUAAAUGGGAAGGUAUACAAACUCGAAAUACGAACUUGGUCAAAGCAACCGAACGUCGGCAUAGGAUGCACCACGGAGAUAAGCAACACAACGGAACCAUCCCCAGACCAAGCAAAAACGAUUAUCAUGAAGAAAAUGGCCAACGGUGGGAUAGUUUCCAUUCCCGACAGGCAUCCAAUGUUAUACUGCCAGCGCUGACCGGGAUUAUGAAGGGUCUCUACGAUGGAAGCUCUGAACAGAAAUGUGUGCGUCGCCACGCCAAGGGAAAUGAGAAAAUUGGCCCCAUAUCCCACAGACAGGGCGCUUGCGUAGAACCAUGGGUGCCAGGCAAGGCAUCCACCUGACCUUACAACCGAAUCGGCCAACGCUUGAUUGGUUCCAAGGAGACAACUCGUAUCAUACAUGUUGUUCGCUAAAUAGUAAAUAUUAUGUUGAUGUUAGU